GCCGGGGUGAGGGACAAUUGCGGCGGGUGCGCUCGACGGCAGACCUGGAACGCUCUUCGGGUCUAGAGGGCUGUUGACCCUUUGUGUCCUUGUUCUUUUGCGAACUUCGGGGCUCCCCUGCUCUUCCAAGACUCGGUCUUAAGUGGGGCCUGGGAGCCGGCGAUCGGUCCACGAUGAUCUGGUUGAAGAAGGCAAAGACUCUGCUGGAGUGGACAACGCUCUCAGGCAAAUUUAACAGUUUCGACAGAAACCUGGAAAAGGUGACUGUUGUUUCUGCUGCCCCUGGGAAAGUGGUUUGUGAAAUGAAAGUAGAAGAGCAGCACACCAAUAAGAUGGGCACCCUCCACGGCGGCAUGACAGCCACCUUAGUGGACGUCAUAUCAUCGCUCGCUCUGCUGUGCACAGAAAGAGGUACAGGCGGAGUCAGUGUUGAUAUGAACAUAACGUACAUAUCACCUGCUAAAAUGGGAGAAGACAUACUGAUUACAGCACAUGUUUUGAAGGAAGGAAGAUCACUAUCAUUUGCUUCUGUGGAUCUGACUAACAAGGCCACGGGAAAAUUAAUAGCACAAGGCAGACAUACCAAACACAUGGGGAACACACCAUCUGAAGGCAACUCGAAGAAGUCCAACAAUGAGUGUCCAGAGUAAACCUGACUUGGACAAAUAUCAUUUUCAAAAUAGCACAACCAGAAGUAGCCAAGAAAGUGUCUUUGGGGAAAAUGCCAGAGAUCAAGUGGGAUACAGGACAGGGGGUUGUCUAUAUUCUUUGAUUUAGAGCCUCUUAAGUUUUAGUCAGUAAUCCGUGAUACUUGGAUGAAAACACUCAGCUCAGAGUGUUUUGAAAACAGGUAAAGCAAAGCUCACAGGGCCAUUUGAGGUAAGGUUACCUUAUAACUAAAACCCAGUAUCAUGCUAAAGGACAAAUUAAUGAUUAAUCCUUAAAAUGUAGGUCCUCAGCUCUAAAAUGCUAAGUUUUUUUAAAAACCCAAUUCCAUUAUGGAACUUCAAAGCAGAGGAACCAAAGGCCACACUGAAAAAGAAGAGUGAGCAAUCCUCAAUAAAGUUUAAGGCAAAGGAGAUUAGUGAUAAAUAGCCCAGUGGGUAUGCUGCUUUUCUGACAAUUCAGGAUUGGUAUAUUUUAUAGUGGUGGUAGUGGGAAGCACAGAAUUACCCCUUUUCUAGUACCUAGGAUAAAACCAUGCAGAUCUUCAAUCUCCUAAUGCUUGGUAUUGGAAAGACCAAGUUCACUAAUUGUUUAUUUCUCAAAUUUCUGUCAACUGUGGUAUUUAUAAUUGGUUUCUGCAUCAGGGUCUUAGUUCUAACAUUUCACAACUGAUCAUAAAGAAAGGAAGUAAUUUCCUUUGGAAGUUGGAAACAGUUAACAGUUAAAGGUUGAUGAUCCUUUGGUUGUAUUAGAAUACAACAUGCACAUCAGAAUAUAUAUAGCCCUGUUUGCUGGAAGGGCAGAAGCAGACUUAAUAACAAGUGAGCACAUAGGAAACCCAGAUCUAGUAUUGCCCACAAAAAGGAACUUGGGAUCCUUGGAGAAAACAGCUGAUUUCAGAGCUGGGGGGUGGGAUAGGGAAAUAAGAUGAACCUAUCUUGUAUUUGAAAGUCAAGAAGUGCUCAAUAAAACAAGGCGUGAAAAUUACAUAGCAGUGUAUGACGCAGAGAGCUCAAACCCAGUGCUCUGUGAUAACCUAGAGGGGUGGGAGGUGGAAGUUCAUGAGGGAAGGGACAUGUACACCUAUGGUGAUUCGUGCUAAUGUAUGGUGGAACCCACACUACUGUAAAGCAAUUAUCUUCCAAUUACAAAUAAACAAACUAUAUACCAUUGAAAA